UCCCAGCGCAGGCGGAACCCUUGUGCUGGGGCAGCGGGGAAGCGGUUGAGUGUGACACCCCGGACCGGCGCCAUGGCGCUGCUGCUGCUGCGGCGGGUCGGCUGCUGCCUGAGGCCGGGCGGUGCAGGCCAGUAUCAGAAUUUUGCAAAAGUUUUUGCAGUUGGGCUAAAGACCUACGAGCGUCCUCCCAGUUACGACGAUGUGAUUAUUCCAGAGAAACCAAAGCUGAAAUUCUAUAAUAAGGUCCCAAACUACAAGAAGCCCAGGCGCUGGAUGAAACGGCUGGGUGAUAUCCGUGGGCCAGCAACACGGGCCAAUAACAUCACCUUGGGACAGUAUGCCAUUGUGGCACUUGGAGGUGGCUACCUGCACUGGGGUCACUUUGAGAUGAUGCGACUCACCAUUAACCGCCGAAUGGACGCCAAAACCAUGUUUGCACGCUGGCGUGUGAAUGCCCCCUAUAAACCCAUCACACGUAAAGGACUAGGUCAGAGGAUGGGUGGUGGGAAAGGGGCCAUUGAUCACUAUGUGACUCCUGUCAAGUAUGGCCGGGUUAUAUUGGAGCUUGGAGGGAAAUGUACUUUCAAGGAGGUGGAGCCCUUCCUAUUAGAAGUUGCCAAGAAACUGCCAUUUCCUGCUAAGGUCUUCAGCAAGGAAUCGCUGGAGGAGAUGGUGAAGGAAGAUGAGCAGAAAGCUGAGAACAACCAAAAUCCGUGGACCUUUCAAAGGAUUGCAUCUAUGAACAUGAUGGGAAUUCGCAAAGUGUUGAGUCCAUUCGAUUUAAAAUAUCACGGCAAAUUUAGUGGGAAGUUUCGUGUUCCUGGUCGUGUGUGAAAACUAAUAAAUCUGACAAAGUGUUCUUUGUUUUAAUCUGA